UUGUCAAGGCCGAACUGUCUGUCUCUGGGUGUCAUGUAUGUUUGUUCUCAUCUUAUUUCUCUCUAUCCUCCAACAAUUGAUCCUUGGUUAGUUGGCAAAGAGAAAAGAAAGGAUCUGCAACUAGCAGAAGAGAGAAAAAGAAGAGAAACCCAUAAUUUCCAAGUAAGAAAACAGCACCAGUCCAGCAACGCAUCCGGAUUCUCUUGGCAUUUCUAAUUCAACAAAAGCAAACAGUAGUAACAGGGAAAAAAAAAUAUGACCAACAUUUCAAGGACUGGUAACAGCACCACCCAAGCUUGUGCAGCUUGCAAAUACCAACGCAGGAAGUGCGCCCCUGACUGCAUUUUGGCCCCUUAUUUCCCUCACAAUCGCCAAAGACAAUUCCUCAAUGCCCAUAAAUUGUUUGGUGUGAGCAAUAUUAGCAAGAUCAUCAAGAACCUUAACCCUCCUGAGAAGGACGAAGCUAUGCGUACCAUCAUUUUUCAAUCAGAUGUACGAGCAAAUGAUCCUGUCGGAGGCUGUUAUCGAAUGAUACGAGAGCUUCAACGUCAAAUCGAAUACACUAGGGCUGAACUUGAUAUUGCUCUUCAUCAAGUGGCUUUAUAUCGUGCACAAGCAGCAGCUCAACAACAAACUCAAUUGAUCCAAACCGCUGCGGCAGCAGCAGCAGGCCCUGAUCAUCAGACCGAUCAUGAUGAUUCAACACGGCUUGAUUGCGAAAAUAUCAUUAUUACAGAUACAUUUGACAUGUAUGAUACAGUUGUGAUGCAAUAUCAUGAUCAGUACCCACAAUCACAUCAAGAUCAACAAGAAUUUGUUAUUUAUAAUCAAGCACAUUUACAAGAAGAUCAUGCAAAUCCAAAUGCAUGGGCAGCGGUGCCAGUGCAGGAUAUUAAUCCUUGCUUGUCAAUAUCAUCAGCAACUUAUUUAGAUGAUUUUAAUCAAGCUAAUUAUAAUGGUAAUGAUCAAUGUAUUAUGCAUGGUGAUAUGAAGCCCCUUCUUGAUGUACGGAACGUCAACUUUGAGCCUGAUCGGGAUUCAUUAGUUGAUACAAGAUUUGUACCGUCGACGCAGUUGCUUAUAUCAUCGUAGAUCAUCAAUUGAUCACAAUAUUACAAGUAUUAUCCUUGUUGUUAUUAAGCUUAGAGAGAUGACGCAUG